GCGUUUUGGGGGCAGAGUAGGACUGAGCUUAAGCAAAGGGCCGGGGUUCCAGAUGAGGCCCGGUAGUGUUAGCGCAGAGGGGAGGGUAGAAAAGACGGAGAGAAAGCAGCUGUCCUCGCAUGAUAGAUUGACUGACGGGACGGAUUUGAGCUUAAACUAAGAUACCGUUGUGUUCUACCAACGUCUUCCGUAUUGGUUAACAAUAGACAGCUAUCAAGCACUUCUUUUUCUAAAUUAAAGCCUAAGUGAAACGGUUGUUAUUACUUACAUCGAAUCAAUCCGCAGCGGACUUAUUGCUGCUUAGCAACGUUAGCAUUCUUUUACUUUCCUAAUAACGUGACGUGCUUCAAUUCGGUGAUAAGCACUUUCGAAGUUGGGUUCUUGAUAAAACUAUUCAAUACAUAGUCAUCUGCAACUGCCUCUCCAUAUUUAGAAUUAGCCGGAUCAGAAUGUUGUGCUGCAUCAGAUUUGUUAUACAAGCUAAGGCUAACGGCGCUAUCAUUGAAGGUUGGCCAUCUAUACCUGGUUUCUAUAAUGCCCCAGUGCUGGCAGUGAACGUGAUGGCAGCUCAGACGGUUUCCAUAGACAAGUACCCAAAAGGGGAGCAGCAGAUGCAAAGCGUUGUAAAACUAGACUGUGACUCUGAGGUGAAGUUUGAAGGGACAUUGGUUGAAGUGUCCAACCCAGUACCCACUGAACCACAGACACCCAUGGAUGCAGACAAGGCAUCUAUAUAUCGACACCCCCUGUUCCCCUUGUUGGCUCUGCUUUUUGAGAAAUGUGAGCAGUCCACACUCAGCUCUGAAUGCAUCACCUCUGCCAGCUUUGAUGUGGACAUUGAGAACUUCGUGCGCAGCCAAGAAAAAGAGGGUAAACCCUUCUUCAGCGAGGAUCCUGAACUUGAUAACUUGAUGGUGAAAGCCAUUCAGGUUCUACGGAUCCAUUUGCUGGAGCUUGAGAAGGUGAGCGACCUGUGUAAGGACUUCUGCAGCCGAUAUAUAGCCUGCCUCAAGACCAAGAUGAAUAGCGAGACCCUUCUGAGUGGAGACCCUGGAAGCCCUUACUCUCCUGUACAAGGCCAGGCACAGAACUUCUCCCCCACCAAGACUCAAACUCCAAGUUCCAUUUCGGGCACCAUCAGUCCCCAGGGUCAAAUUGUGGUGCCAGCUUCAGCCUUGCAACAAGGAAAUGUUACUGUUACAGCUGUCAACCCCACCCAAGUAGUCACAGGAAAUACAGUUUACCAACCAGUAACAGUCGUCACCCCUCAGGGACAGGUGGUUACCCAGGCCCUUUCCCCUGGGACAAUACGUGUCCAAAACAAUCAGCUUCAGCUGCAGUUUCACCAGGAUUUGAACCUCUUUAAUCACGAGGACAACUCGACAAAGAAUAAACGGGGCGUUCUUCCCAAACAUGCCACCAAUGUCAUGCGUUCUUGGCUGUUUCAACAUAUUGGGCAUCCCUAUCCAACAGAAGAUGAAAAGAAACACAUUGCCAGUCAAACAAAUCUGACUCUCCUCCAAGUCAACAACUGGUUCAUAAAUGCACGGAGACGGAUCUUGCAGCCAAUGUUGGAUGCUAGUUCUUCUGAGACCCCCAAAACCAAGAAGAAAACGCCCCAAAACCGGCCGCUGCAGCGCUUCUGGCCUGACUCCAUUGCUGCUGGAGGGGGGACUCAUCAGCAAGUUACCAUGCCUGAUGGUACAAUGGUGACUAUGAACAUGGAGGGUCUGCAGAGCCUUACAUCAGAUGGAGCCACACUCGCAGUGCAGCAGGUUAUGUUAGCAGGCCACAGUGAAGACGAGUCGGGUGAUAGUGGGGAAGAUGAUGACGAUGCUGAUAUGACCGGGCUGGGCCUGGACAACAGCGACUCAUUGCAGUAAAUGCUUACACACUGAUCUACACAUACUCAAAAGGGAUGUGUAUUUGCAGACACAUUGGGUUUACAUCGAGCACAAAAGCACAGUAUGUCCAUGAACAUUCCUGUGCUCUUCCAGCUGACCUCCAAUCUGUGCUGCAUGUGUGUAAUCAGGAGUUUCACUUCAGAAACUGUUUUUUUUAACAAUUUUAUUUGUGUAGGCGAGUGCACUUUUUUUUGUAUAUUUAAGCUGAAAAGAUUAAAUCAAACAGAAAAUGUGUGUUAAAAACACAAACAAGUUUGUAAACUUCAUUAAGUGUUUUGUUUUGGUUUUUGUUUAAUUUGGUCUUUGUCUCCAGCUGAAUUCUGAUUUGUUUUUUGGAUGCCAAUAUGUAGAAAUUGUAUAUGUAAUGGUUUGAAUUCAUUCUUUGCAUGCUUGUGUUACAAGUAGACGUAUGCAUUCUUCCUCACUAACUCUCACCUGGUUGAGUUGGGAAAGGAAAAUCGUAGAUAUGCUUAUUUUUCUAAACAAACAUAAAACUAGUGUUUUUCUUUUUCCCAUUUCUUUGUUUUGUAAGGAAUAUUUAUGUAAAAAUUCCUAAAGAAAAACAACUGCCCUUUUUUUAGGGUUAUGUAUGAAGAAAAGAAACUGAAUGCUGAUGAAAAUUACAAUUCAAAUUGGUUUUAAACUCAAGAGUAACAUGGCCUUAUGGGAUCCUUUCUAGAAAAUGUCUUGCCAAGAAGCACAAACAAUUUCUACUAUUGAGAAAAUAGAUUUAAAACACUAAACUGCAGAACAGAGUUGUAAAAAGAUUGAAGAGUUUGUGUGCUGCAGCCUAAUUAUCUGAAGAAGUAAUCUUGCAUAAUAACUUGACUUGUGCUCAUGUUUUUUCUUUUAAUCGCUCCACAUGUAUACUAUGCAUAUGUCAUUUCACAGUAGUAACCUUGGCAUGACUUUGUCAAAUGCACAAUCAAGAACAUUAUGCUUACAUCACAAUCACUCGGUCCGAGACUAAAACAUGUAUAGACACGAUCCAAUCCACACUGGAUCGCACCAACAAGGACCAUUGGACAUUUUCUAUUCAUUGAGCUUUUAUUUCUUUGUUGUUUCUAUUACAUAGACAUUGGACUUUCAGUGUUUGUACCCAUUAA